UUCUAUCAAAUUUAAAUCACUGUCACUUGCAAGAAAUAAACAUUUCAGUUUUUGGAAAAUGGCCUAGUUAAAUCUGUAUUUUUUAAAUAAAAUUUAAGUGUUUUCCUUAGUUUUUAAACCCCCAAAUGCUUUAGUUGUAGUGUUUUCAAAUUUGUUGUGUUAAUGUGUUCUAUAAUUGUGUUUAACGUCAUGAAUCAAGAACCAUGACAGCACCAAGCGACCGCCAGCCAAUGUCAGAGGACUCCAAUGAUGAAGAGCAUCCAUGCACCUUUGGAAGGAAAGAGUCAAAAGCCAAUCUAUUCCACAGUUUUUCUGAACACAACGUGUUGAAAAAUUACGUUUGUCUUGUCAGUAAUAUCCCACCAUUUGAGUACCUCAGUGACCAAGACGCAAGAGUUGACAUUAACCAUGAGCAAGACAACGCUAUUCAAGUAGAAAGAUCAAAAGCUUUGUACGAUAUCAAACACUACAAUGGCAAUGAUGGAACCUCUUGCCAACACAUUGAAAUGAUGGACGUCUCUGAAAAUGACGACAGUAACUUUAUAAGUUUUGAUAAUCCCAACAUUCUCCAGUAUACGAGGAUGAAGUGGCUGAGUGACGGGAGUAGUGGUGGAACUAAUGCUAGAACAGUAAAUGCCCUUACUGGGGCUAAAAUUAGACAGAGGAAAGAAAGAGGCCGAAACUCACCAUCAGUAUCCCUGACCAGCUGUUCUACCAUCAGCUCAGACUUCAGUCAGGACUCGGUACUGGAGAGUCAGGACAGCACCGACCGAUGUCUCUCAACCAUCUUGAAAUUAGAUGAGGAGCAUAACAUGUUUGGGAUGACGAACAUGGCAAUAGUCGGGAUGCCACUUAGAAGUGGGGUCAGAUGUGAGCCGCUAGCCGCUAGGUCCUGCCACCACGUGCCCCGGUGCCAGCCACCCUCGGCUUGCUGUCCCUACCUCAUGCCGUGCUACUGGCCCGCCAGACCCAACGCCCCGUGCCCCACCCCCGCGCACUGCUUCCACAACCCCCCCUGCCCCGCCGCCAGGCAACGAGAGACUCCGAGAGACCCGAAUACUAGUUGUCCGAAGCUAUAG